UUCCCAUGAAGACAUUCGUCAGCUCCCGGAUGCUCGCGGUGUCUUCUGGGCCUCGCGCUUGUGCCAUUUCCUUUCUUUCCGACAUCUUGACUGAGCAGCAUCAUGCCUCCCAAGGACGCCAAAAAGGGGAAGGACUCUGGGAAGUCCAAAAAGGACAAGGACCCAGUCAACAAGUCUGGAGGCAAGGCCAAGAAGAAGAAGUGGUCCAAGGGAAAAGUGAGGGACAAGCUCAACAACCUGGUGCUCUUCGACAAGGCCACCUACGACAAGCUGUACAAAGAGGUGCCCAACUACAAGCUGAUCACACCCGCAGUGGUGUCUGAGAGGCUGAAGAUCAGAGGUUCCCUGGCCAGGGCUGCUCUCCUGGAGCUGCUGGGCAAAGGCAUGAUCAAGCUGGUCUCCAAACACAGAGCUCAGGUCAUCUACACACGUAAUACCAAGGGCACAGAUGAGGAGGGUGGCGUUGUUGUCAAGGAAGCGUAAAGAUUCUGAUGCCGUUGCCUGGAUAUUUGUAAAUGGAAAA